AUGACGCUGGGGGUGGAUGCGUAUGGACUAGCCUGUGUCUUUGGACUGGGGUGUGUUCAAUGCUGUUGGCUGUGGCGUGUGCGUGUGUGCAGGUCAUGUCACAUCGCAUCCACCGCGUGUCCAGUGUGUACAGACCAUCAUGCCCCUCUCGUCUCCUCAGGCAACGCCAUCCGUCCCAUUGCCCUCCGGGCUGUGUCGGCCAUCGCCAGGGCCCUGCCCGGCUUCCCCAUCCUGGCCACGGGGGGCAUCGAUUCAGCCGAGGCCGGCCUGCAGUUCCUCCACGCUGGAGCUUCAGUCCUGCAGGUGUGCAGUGCAGUCCAGAACCAGGACUUCACCGUGAUUGAGGACUACUGCCUGGGGUUGAAGGCUCUGCUCUACCUGAAGAGCAUCGAGGAGCUGCAAGAUUGGGAUGGCCAAUCACCACCCACCCUCAGGCACCAGAAGGGCAAGCCCAUCCCCCGACUGAAGGAACUGCAGGGCAAGACUCUGCCCAGUUUCGGCCCCUACCUCCUGGAGAAGAACAAGAUCCUGGCAGACUACAAGAAGACCAUGAACGGCCAAAGUGAGGCGUUAGCCACAGAGGCUAACGCCACCAGAACCUACACCCCCAAGAGACCCAUACCUGCCGUCAAGGAUGUAAUUGCCAGAGCCCUAAAGCACAUCGGGGCCUAUGGAGAACUGAACAACACAGAGCAGGUGCUAGCAGUCAUAGACGAGGACAUGUGUAUCAACUGUGGCAAGUGCUACAUGACCUGCAACGACUCUGGAUACCAGGCUAUCACGUUUGACCCUCAGACCCAUCUUCCUAUAGUGACUGACAGCUGUACCGGCUGCACACUUUGUCUGAGCGUCUGCCCCAUCAUCGAUUGCAUCACCAUGGUUGCCAGGACAACGCCGUACGUGCCCAAGAGAGGCCUGCCUCAAGCCGUUAUGCCCGUCUGCUAAAGGGAACGACGACGACAGAGAGAGAGAGAGAGAGAG